AAUCAUCUGAAAAUUGUGCGCAAUUUUUGUUUGCUCAAAUCCGUCAAAUCCAUUGGCACGUUUUCCCAGUUUUUUUUCCCCCGAUUUCAUGUACAAUAUACAUACAUACAUCCAUUGGAGUAUAUCGCCUGCGGUCAGUUUCCACCGCACACUCGGCCAUUGUGCGAUCUUUCAUCAACAACCACAUUUCAUAAACGAUCAUCGCCGUGAUCGUGUCGGCUUGUGUUGUCUCCACCAUUCAAUGCGAAAGCGUUUGCUAUUGCUGGCGGAGCUGAAGGUGACUACAGUCACAUUGGCGAGUUAAAAGAUUUCGUGACGAAUGUGGGAACACACGUUCGUUGUAAAUGAGUGACGCGUCGCUUGGAAAAGUGGGUAACAACGUGAAUUUAUUGGAUGGACGCCUACAGCACGUUUAAAGUGACUAACUUGGCCAACAGGCAAGGAGGAUCAACAAAUCGCUGAAGAAGUUAGUGAGGAUCAUCCCAGCCUUCGUGGUACACCGCUUGCGAUGUUGGCUGCACAAUGCAACAAAUUGUCGAGUAAAUCGCCUCCCCCACUUGCUGACGCUGCCGUGGGCAAAGGUUUUCAUCCGUGGAAAAAGAGCCCCACAUCACCGACAAGUAGUGGCGGUGUUGCAGGUGGUCAACAUUCACCCUGCACAAUUUCUUCCGCUUCGUCGUCCUCAGGCUCUGGUUCGUCGAGUGGCAGUUUGUGCCUAAGUGGCACUUCAUCAGCUGCCUCCUCACGAAGUCUGCCCUCAUCUGGCAUCAACACAAUGGUUAACAUCACCGCUAGCAUUUAUCCUUACAGUCGUCCAAUUUCCUCGUCCUGUGCGGCCGUCAGUAAUCCCUCAGCUUAUGGUAGCGAUCUUUACUUUCCGAAUACUAGCGGCGCAAGCGGUGGCAUGGUUUCCGACAAUCAUCACAUGCAUCAGGGUCUAUUGGGCAAAGUGGAGGGAGCUACAUUCGGCUCGGUUUACUCGCGUCAUCCCUAUGAUUGGCCUUUCAAUGCUGUCACUGCAUCCGCGCACAAAGCGGCCGAGGCAGCAAGCGUUAAUUCCGGUUGGUGGGAUAUGCAUAGUGCCGCUGGCAGUUGGUUAGAUAUGGGUGGUGCUGGUAUGCAUUCCACCAUGGCCAAUUAUGCUACCGCCGCCGGUUCUGACUACUCGUCUGCGCUGUCACAUUCGCUAUCCAACACAGCUCAUCUACUGGGUUCCGGUCAACAUUUACUGCAGGACACAUACAAGAGCAUGUUGCCUGGACAAGGCGUAGGUGGUUUCUCACUGCCACACAGCUCACCUUCGGCUGCUGCCACUGCCGCAUCGCCACAAGCAUCUACGCCGUCAACGCCAUCACCACGUUCACAACGACGUUAUGCCGGUCGCGCCACAUGCGAUUGCCCUAACUGUCAGGAAGCUGAGCGCCUUGGUCCGGCUGGUGUGCAUUUGCGCAAGAAGAAUAUACAUUCAUGUCAUAUACCGGGAUGUGGCAAGGUUUAUGGUAAGACGUCACAUUUGAAGGCACAUCUGCGUUGGCACACCGGCGAACGUCCAUUUGUCUGCAAUUGGCUCUUCUGUGGCAAACGUUUUACUCGAUCCGACGAACUCCAACGUCAUUUACGUACACAUACAGGUGAAAAACGCUUCGCCUGUCCCAUAUGUAACAAACGGUUUAUGCGCAGCGAUCAUUUAGCUAAACACGUGAAGACACACAAUGCCGUCGGUCAAGGCGGCAGCAUGAAGAAGGGCUCAUCGGAGUCAUGUAGCGAUUCCGAAGAGCCCGGCAAUCAGUCGGGUGAAUCUAAUGGCCUCACAAGUGGCAAUGGACAGCAGAGCGGUGGCGGUAGUCAUCCUGGCACGCCCAAUUCCCAUCAAUCUGGCGGUGGAGGAAAUACAACACCUACUGGUGGACUUUUGUCCGGCGGCUUGCAUCUAACAGCGCCACACAACAUGUCCGGUGGAUCACCGGUUAUGUUGCAUGCUCAACAACAACAUCAUCAACAACAACAGCAGCACCAACAAGCCCAAGCACAAGCACAAGCACAGGCACAAGCACAAGCGCAAGCGCAGUUGCAACAUCAUCAACAACAGCAACAACAGGCACAUGCUCAUGCACACCUACAUCACCAUCAUCAUCAUCAUCUAGUUGGCAGCUCAGCGCCCAGUCCGGGCUUGGAUCAUCACAGCACGUUGGUGGAUAUUAAACCACCGAUGGUUUGAGGGUCGUUGGGACCCUUUCUAUUCACCAAUUGAGGUGAACCGGAGAACGGGUCCUACCUACGGCGUACAACUUUGGCAGUUGACAAAAGAAGAGACGAAACGAACGUUGGUUGAAGAAAAGCUGCGAAGCAAGUGAAUAAGGCGGCUGGGUGGGGGUACAAAAUAAAUGGAAAUCUACAUAAUUGUAAAUAAUAAAGCUUGUAACAAUGUGUUGUUGUAAAUUUAAAACAAUCAUUAAUGCUAAACAAAUGUAUAACAAAUAACAAGAAAAUCACACAAAAACAAAAAUGCUAAUUCUACAGAAAAUGUCUUGUAAAUAUGAUGUUUAGAAGCAGCAAAAAUGUGUUGUUGUAAUGCUUAAGAAUGCUAAUUGUUUAAAUAUUUAAAACAAAGUUUAAGAAAAAUUAUUUCAAAUGGAAAAAAUUCAAAAAAUAAAAAACAAAAAUCUUUUCCUCUAAUAUUAACUAUACUUAACACUUUGGCAGUUAUACACACAUACAUAUAUAUCACUCUAGCCUCUGGUAACGAAUAGAAACAAAAAUAUUUCUAGUCCAAUUGAAAAAAUAAAAUUAUAUUAAUUAAUAAAUCAUUUAAGUGAUAUAACAAAUCAGCUGAAAUGUGCUUGUGAAAAUGCUAAGCCUCUAACCCUAAAGCCUUUGAGUCACCGCUAUGGUUUAGUAUGUGCUUCUUCUUUUUGUAUCAAAUAAUAACUAUCGUUUAAGUAAUCCUAAAUAAAUUAAUGAUUUAGUAGAGAAUUCUCAUUCUAAAUGUGUACUUUGUUUCCAAAAACACUAAAGUCCCUAACACAAAUUAUGUAUAAAAAAUAAAAAGUUAAACAUACACUACACACACACACAUACUUAUACACA